AGGUGAAUGAAGGCAGGAAUGACGACAGAUGGAGCCUACAUACUGAAGGAUUAGCACCAAGUGGCUCAGAGUAGUCCCCACAAACAAACGCAGGUGUACACUCCCUCUUCUCUGAGGCAAGUGGAUCUUGUUUUUACCACAUCCAGCAGCAGAAUGCUCAAGAGCCCGGCGAGGCUCAGCUUCAGGACCCAGCAGUAGAAUGAAAAUAGGACAGGAUUUAAAAGAGGACAGGAUUUAACUGAUGGACGACAAGAGUGAAGGCAGUUUUCCUAUGGUUACCAUGGAGGUGUGGAUCUCUUCUGCAUCUGAGGAAGAGGAAGAAGAGGGGGGCACUACUAGAAUUGCACUGCAGGAAAAAUCAUGCCACAACAGCAACAACAAUAAUAACAACAACAAUAAUAACCUUUGCAGGGAGGUGACGCAAGUGCUGUGUUCAGACAGAGUGGGCCAGGUCACCAAGACAUAUCAUGACAUUAAGGCCGUCACACACCUGCUGGAGGAGAAAGAGCGUGAUCUUGAGCUAGCGGCCCGCAUCGGUCAGUCUCUUCUUAAACAAAACCAAGAACUGACAACCCGAAAUGGAAUGCUGGAUGAACAGCUGGAAAUUGCAAAGGAAGAGAUUGCUCAACUUCGUCAUGAACUUUCCAUGCGAGAUGACCUCCUUCAGUUCUAUGCGAGCACAGAGGAGAUAGAAAAUGCUGAAUCCAACUUAUCAAUAAAAAAACCUGAAUCAACCAGUUCUCUCAGCGACUUCGUCCACUAUGACUUCUUGCAGCAGAAACUGAAAUGUUUGGAGGACGAGAACCGCAAACUUCGAUUGGAGGCAAGUGAACUCAGCACUGAGACAAGCAACUACGAGGAGCAAGAGCAGGAGCUAAUGCUGGUGUGUGUGGAAGAGCUGUCCUCUGUCAACAAGCAAGUGGUGGAUCUAUCAGACGAGCUGGCACGCAAAAUAGAGGAUUCUCUCCGGCAGCAAGAAGAGAUCAGCUUGCUGCUUGCUCAGAUUGUCGAUUUGCAGGCCCGCUGCAAAAGUGUCACAAAUGAGAACGAAGAGCUGAACCAACAUCUGUGUCACUCGCGUGAAAGUAACCUGAAGCUGCAAUCAGAGCUCAAGGACCUGCAGGACAAGUACUGUGAGUGCAAAGACAUGCUCCACGAGGCCCGAGAGGACAACAAAAACCUGCGAAAUAAGAGCCUGCCGAACAGCACGGUGCAACGCUACACCGCUCUGGCCUCUGUCCUCCCCAUGGACAGCCUGGCAGCAGAGAUAGAGGGCACCUUCCGCAAAGGCCUGGACACGCCUGCGUCGUCAGAGUACAAAACCCACCCAUGGCGGGUGUUUGAAACUGUGCGGGUGGUGAACCGGUCGGUGAGGCUGCGCUCUUUGUGCCAAUCUCCGGGACUUCCAGGUUCCAGCCCAGUGUCCAUGCACUCCAGCUGCACCAGCACUCCUCGCACCAGCUGCUACGGCUCCGACAACACCAGCUUGGAGGAUAAGCCUAGCAGCAGUCCUGCCCAGAAAGAAGACAUCAGCAUCAGUGGGCCAAAGCGUUUAGGACAGCCUGGCACACCGGGAGGCCAUGACCUUGAGGCAGCCUUGCGCAGCCUAUCAGCCCGCCAACAGAACCACUCCUCCGAGCGACCUUUCUUUGAUGUAGAGCGUGAGCGGAAACUCCGCGCCCUGGCGGAAAAUAUCGAGGAGGACGAAGGCUCAAGUGGUUUCUUGACGCCAAAUGACAGCCUGGCUUCCAGUUCAGAGGCAUCAACCGGCACCAACUACUCCAAUGGGAGCUCCCGACACUCCUGCGGCUCCUCGGGAUCCAGGUCUUACCUACCCGACCGCCUGCAGAUUGUCAAACCACUUGAAGGUUCAGUGACUCUACACCAGUGGCAGCAGCUGGCCAGACCAAACCUUGGGGGCAUCCUGCAUCCUCGCCCCGGAGUUCUGACGAAGGACUUCAGGGAGCUGGAAGUGGACAUACAACAUGUGUACAGUCUGAACGACCUGGAGGAGGAUGAACCGGAUCUGUCGCUGCUGCCGGGAACAACCGACAUGGUGUCUCCAUCGGGUCUCAACCUUCCUCAGACCUUCCCCACUCCCACCAUCACCACCUGCCAAGUACCCCAACCAUCCUUCCUCACCCCCUCAUGCCCCUUUAGCCAUCACUCUAUCAGCCUGCCGUUUUGUCACAGCUGUGAGCAUGUGAGCACGUCAGCUGUCCUCCCCCGGCAGCACUUUGGCCUCGCAGGCUGCCCCGACACAAACGUAAGCUGGUCAUCACCGGGACUCCUGCAGCUGCUUCAAGAACGAGGUAUCUCCGCCUCCUCGUCUCCCCGCCGACAUACACACAACAUCGCCAUCGCGGAACCCCGGUUCGAGCAAGCCUCAUGCACGGACGCGGGCGGGGAGAAGAACAUUUUCAGCUUGAACUUAGUGGAGAAGCUUCAGAGUCUCGGUCUGCACAGGGUGGCGGCCUGGGGGUUGGCGUGCGGUUAUGGCAAAGGGAGGGAUGCAGUGAGACGUCCGCCUAAUGCGCUGAUCACAUGACACCAUACUUUUGAUUUGUUCUUUAUGGUUUUCUACAAUCAUGGCAAUAUGUACUCUUUCCGCUUUAUUGUGAGCAUAGUCUCUUUUUAGAAAAAAAAAAAUCAAAAACACUUCUUUUAUACUGGUUAAAAAAUGUGUGUGUAGUAAUGAAUGUAAAUUAUCAUGCAGUAACUUAAUACUGUCCGUCCUUUAAAUGCACUGAAACACACACUGCUCUUCCUGCUGCUUGUAUGAUGUUUGAUCAUUUUGUCCGAUGUACAUAAAAAGAUCUAAACAAGAAAGCAGUGCAAUGAUCGCACUAAAUCAUGUCAUUAAUGGUAUUAAUAAUCACUUGUUUUCACACAGAUGUGCUUUCAAAUUUGUAUGUUUUACUGCUCGGCGUCCAAAAAUCAAAACAAAAAUAAUGUCGCACCAAGUCAAUGAAUGUGAAGAUAUUAAAAAAAAAUAGCAAUUACAAAAAAAUAGCUCAUGUGUAGCAACAAGGCAUGGGGUAUUGUAGAUUUCAAAGGGAAUAAAAAGUUUAAUCACUUUAAGGUGCACGGUUUGUUUGUAUUUGCAUCAGCUGUACAGUGAAUUGUUCCACCUGUAAAUAAAAUGUGAAAAUGU